GGGGUCGGCUCCGGGUGAGUCACCGGGGCCGGGGGGCGGCUCUGACCGGCCCGUCCCGUUCCAGCCCCGCUUCCCGGGGAUGCGCAGCGCGGCUCGGAGCUUCCCCGGCGGCGGCGGGCGCUGAGCUCGGCGGGCACGAUGGACACCGGGAUGGGGGCCGCGCUGGCCUGGAGCCCCGGGGCGGCCUCGCAGCCCCCGCCCGGGCUGGGCGUGAAGUUGGGGUCGCUGGUGCUGCUGCUGCUGCUGCCCCUCGCUUGCGGGCUCGCACCCCUCUGGUGCUUCCGACAGCCCCCCGACCCCCGCAGCCCCGUGCUCAGCCUCGUGAGCUGCUUCUCGGGCGGCGUUUUCAUGGGCACCUUCCUGCUCGACCUCCUGCCUGACUACCUGGGCAGCAUCGCCGCGGCGCUGGAGGGGCUGCGCAUCACGCUCCAGUUCCCUCUGCCGGAGUUCAUCCUGGCCAUGGGCUUCUUCCUGGUGCUGGUGCUGGAGCAGGUGACGCUGGCUCAGCGGGAGCUGUCGGAGCCCCCCGAGGAAUCACGAGCGCUGCUGCCCAACGGCUCCAUCCAGGCGGCGGUGCCCGGCGGUCCCGGUAGCUCGGUGGGUUCACCGGUACCGGUGCCCGGCGCUCCCGGGGCGCUGCGUGCCGGGGCGCUGGCGCUGGCGCUGGCUCUGCACGCCGUGCUGGAGGGGCUGGCGCUGGGGCUGCGGGAGGGCGACGCGGCCGCUCUGCGGGUGCUGCUGGCCCUGCUGCUGCACAAGGGCGCCGUGGCCUUCGGGUUGUCGCUGGAGCUGCUGCGAAGCCGCCUGCGGCCUCCCGUCGUGGCCUCGUGCCUCGUGCUGCUGGCCCUCAUGUCCCCGUUGGGCGUCGGGGUGGGCACGGUGCUGGCGGCGGGCGCGGGGCCGCGGCAGCGCCUGUGCCGGGCCGUGCUCGAGGGGUUGGCGGCCGGCACCUUCCUCUUCGUCACCUUCCUGGAGAUCCUGCCCCAGGAGCUGGGGGUGCCCCAGAACCGCAUCCCCAAGGUGAUCCUGAUCCUCGCCGGCUUCGCGCUGGUCAGCGCCAUCCUCUUCGUCAAGGGGUGAGAGGGUCGUCGGAGAAUUCCUCUUUUCCAAAAGUGCCAAAGUGCCUCUCCCAUUCCCGUGCCUGGAACUCACAUCCCACCCCGCACCCCUUUUCCGAAGUGCCAAAGUGCCUCUGCCAGCGCUGUGCCUCAGUUUCCCCACCUGCACAAGGGAUCGGUGCUGUGACCCCCCCUCAGGAGUCCGGGAGGGGGUGAGGGUCCCCCCCCCAUAACCACAAGUGCCCUUACGGACUCCCCCGCAUUUGGGGGUGUUUUAUGAAGCAAAUAAAGGACUGAACCCAAAAAAUCGCUGCGUCUGCCUGGGGAGGGUGGGAUGGAAUUUGGGGUGCCAUAGCAUCCCCCCCCGGAUAUAUGGGCUGGGGGAGUCUGGAUCGCGCUGAUUUUGGGUAUGAGGGGUGUGUGCCGUGUUCCCAGGCGUGGGCCGGGGGUCACCCCGCUGUACCCCCCGAUCUCCCCCAUCCCAG